AUGGAACCCCAAAUCACAAAGAACACCUUUUGCACCUAUACAGGUGCGCAGUCAGAGUCAGACACUACCGUUUUCUUCGUAUCUGGAAAUCCAGGUUUGAUCGGAUACUACCACCCAUUCCUAUCCCUGCUGGCGCAGAACCUGGUCGACGAGUCCCAACCCCAGAUCGAGACUAAAAACACCACAAAAAAGACUUCUUUCCAGAUAUACGGGUGCAGUCUCGGUGGCUUCGAGAUUCCACCAGUUGCUAAGCAUGAAAGUGUUCAAAAUGCCAAGGAAGGGCAUAACAAGAAUCACUUGUACGAUCUUGAAGGCCAGAUUCGAUUCGUACACCGGAAGCUCGUGGAUUUGAUGCAUGGGAAUAAAAGAAUCUCUGCCGACGAUGCCGGCGAACCGAAGCUUGGAUCCGAUCCUUCGACCCCAGCGCCGAAACAGAAGGUCAUUCUCAUUGGGCACUCCGUCGGCGCAUAUAUUGCUAUGGAGAUCUUGAGAAGACAUAGGGAGGGCAUACCGAAUAUAGAGGCCCUUUCCUCUACCGGGUCAGCAACCGGUCAUGCAGACUCUAGCUCUUCCAGUUCAUUCGACAUUAUCGGCGGCGUUAUGCUCUUUCCAACAGUAAAGGACAUUGCGCACUCGCCAUCUGGCCAGAAAUUGACGACUCUACUAUCAUUUCUCCCACAUCUCGCUCUUAUUGUGAGCUUCUUCGCCCGGAUAUUAACCUCAGUCCUCCCAUCCUCGACUUUAAAAUCCGUCGUUCGGUCGGUGAUGAAAGAUCCGCCUGCUCAUGGCCUCGAGACUACGCUUGCGUUCUUGAAGAGUUCUGGUGGUGUACGACAAGCAUUACAUAUGGCAGCUCAUGAAAUGCGUACUAUCACAUCGGAUAAAUGGACAGAUGACGUUUGGGGCGUUGGGUGCGGACCUGAGCCUACAACACGCCUGUUUUUUUAUUUUGGAAAGAAUGAUCAUUGGGUCGCAGAGAAGACUCGAGACGAAGUUAUUGCAUUGAGAGGACGAGAGGAAGGGUUAGGCCCUAAGAUGUUUGUUUGUGAGGAGGGAUUGCCGCACGCAUUUUGUCUAAAGCAUAGUGAUAUCAUGGCUCGGAAGGUUGCAAACAUGAUACAGGGUAUUGUACAGGAUUAA